CAAGUUUCUCAGGCUCGAUAACAGUUCGCUAACGCAUUAGAAUUGGCUCUAUUUUUUCAUCCAAAUGCUGUGACUAGACGACAUUCAAGCGCUGCACUGCGUUCGACUUCGACAUCAUCCAAUAACGAUUUGUUGGUUCCUCUCAGCUCGUAAAAGUAAAAAUCAUGUCUCUUCUUACCGACGCUGACGAGAAAACACCUGCAAUGCGGGAGCAGGUGACUAAACCGAGCGCAGCCCCCUCUCUCGAACAGGACGCAUCGGAAACUGCGUCCCGGGCCGGAGGCUCUGGCGCCGAGACAAAAAGCGACACCGAAGUAGAUGUUGGAGUUACGGAAAAUGAAACUGCGGGAAAUAAAAGCAACCCCUGCGUCCUCAUGGAGGACAUCCUGCAGAUGUAUGGCGGGUUGGACGAGAAAACCAACGAAUUCAAGAACGAUUUCGUGUUCCUCGCCGACGACAAACAGCUCUGGAACGCAAGUGUGGUCUUGCUCCGCUACUUGCAGAAGCAGUAUCCAGAAUCCUCCUGGAAAGGCAAGAAGAUCCUGGAGCUCGGGUCCGGACUCGGCCACCUCGCGUUCGCCUUGGCCCAGCUCGGAGCAGACGUUACUUGCACGGAGCAACCGAAAUGCGUACCUGUGUUACAGGAUUCGCUUGACAAGCAAGCGAAGGAGACGGAAAGACGCAGAAAAAUGCAGAGUGACGACACAGUAGAGCCGGCACGUGUGCCCAAAGUCCGCACGCUCAAGUGGGGCGACGUUGCCGCUUUUGAAGAACUCUGCUCCGCGACUCAAAAGGCUCCGUCUUCAAGUAGCGACUUCGAUCUUGUGAUUUGCUCUGAAAUCUUCUACGACGAGAAUGUCCACGAUGACCUAGUCGCCACGUGGCGGCUCAUCGCCGAAAAGUUCGGGCCGACGGUGGAGUUCUAUUCAAUCUUCAUCAACCGUCCGUUCAGCUGGAACUUUUUUGCGAAGUUGGAUGACUCUGAUAGUGUUGACGAUGCAGACGGCGAAAGCGGUGCAAGAGGAGCUUCUUCUGUCAAAUUCCACGUCGCAUCAGUUCACGACGACAAAAUCGACUUUCUCGGUCUCGACGACGUGCACAUGCAUCACACGACGGUAGAGGUGAGGAAGGACGAGGACAAGAAUAGUAUCGUGAAAAGUGCACCUGACGCCACAGUGACGCCUUCCACUACGAAGGAUGACAACAGCGGAGGGCUUUUGCUGGAUAGCGACGAGGACCCGAAAACCGGCGGGCAGCAACUCGCAGGCACGGAGAACGCGACAGAUGAGAACAAACUAAGUCAAGAGGAAGAGGAAAAGACCGUGUGGGAGAUCCUCGACGAACUCAUCGGCAUCGCGCCGGACAAACUCCGCAUUUACGUGCAGUGCGCGUUGCUGAUUUUGGCUGGUAUCGCAAUUCUGUUGAUCCAGCAGGCCAGCGAAGCGGGGGAGCAGCACUUGGUGUACUUGCACGGAGGGUUUUUGUUUUGCGUGGUGAUGCUGUCUCUGUCAGUCGAGUUUGUGCUCGCCGAAGCAGGACGGCUGAUGCGAGAGAAGGAGCUCGCUGAUGAGGAAAAAAAGAAAGAAAAAUGAGAAUGCUAUAGUUCGUACUUCAUACGUUCUUUCACAACGGACGACAUGAGCUUCUCCCUGUUCUUUGUAUCAUCGUCAUGAUUUCUUUCAAAAUGAAAAUUGCUACAGCUAGACUCAAUGGCUCCGACUGACCUGC